AUGCCCACCGACCAGAUUGAGGACCGUUCUGCCAAAAAGGCCGACCACGCUGGCGCCGCCACAGCCGAGCAUGGUGAAACCAUCUUUGCAGACCCCAGCUUUUUGCAAUCAGUCUCCUAUGGCGCUGGUGGAAUUCGGGGCAUUGUGGGCUCUCCAUAUGUCUCAGGGGCCGCUGUCCUCGCAUCACUGGGUGGCUUCUCCAUGGGAUAUGACAUGGGGGUAAUUUCCAUUAUCAAUGUGAUGGAUCAGUUUCACGCAAAAUACCCAUUCGCGGAAACCGACUUCGGAAAAGAGCUCAUGACAGCAAUGUUGCUUCUGGGCGCUUUUGUGGGUUGCAUAUUCAUGCCUUAUAUUGCGGAUCUCUUUUCUCGAAAGUUGGCUCUGAUCGUUGUCGUUAUUAUUUUUGACAUCGGAGCGAUCAUCCAAACUGCAGCACCAAACUAUGCCGCCUUAGUGGUGGGCAGAUUCAUCGGGGGUAUCGGAGUGGGUACACUAGCCAUGGGCGCCCCACUCUACAUUUCCGAGAUAUCUCCUCCCAAUCUUCGUGGAACUCUUUUAGUGCUGGAAUCUAUUUCCAUUACCACUGGUGUUGUUGUAGCGUACUUCAUCACUUAUGGCACCAGGCACAUAGCUGGAGACGCCUCUUACCGACUGCCAUUUGGUUUGCAAAUGGUCACUGCAACCCUUUUGGGCGUUGGUAUUAACUUUUUCCCUUACUCUCCUCGCUGGCUAGCUCUCGUGAAUCGCACCGAUGACUGUCUUCAAAGCUUGGUUAAACUGCGCGGCCUACCCAGUACCGACGAACGCGUGCAAGCAGAAUUCCACGGUAUUGUUGCAGAAAUCAAUUUUCAGACACUAGUUCGGAAUAAACAACACCCAGGAGCGAAAGGACUGAAGCUUGAGAUACUGUUAUGGCUAGAUCUCUUUCGUCGCAAGACUUGGAGACGAACUGUGGUAGGUGUCGGAGUCGGAUUUUUUCAACAGUUCUCUGGUAUCAACGCAUUCAUUUACUAUGCCCCUACUUUAUUUACCAGUCUAGGACAAAGCAACGAGAAAUCUUUGAUUCUGUCCGGAGUACUCGACAUUCUGCAAAUGGUCGCUGCAUUUGUAUGCUUUGUAAUCAUCGAAAAGGUUGGCCGGCGGCCAUUGGCGAUCUUUGGCGGGUUUGGGAACGCCAUCACCUAUGCUAUCAUCGCUAUUCUCUCCGCCCUAUACUCGAAGGACUGGCCCUCACACAUGGCAGGUGGGUGGGCUUGCGUGGCCAUGGCUUUUCUGUUCAUUCUGAUCUAUGGUGUUUCCUACUCACCCCUCGGCUGGGCCCUCCCUGCGGAGGUCUACUCUACAACGACUAGGUCAAAAGGUGUGGCGUUAUCCACGUGCGUUAUCUGGCUAAGUGAUUUUGUCGUCGGCAUUUCGACUCCGAGCAUGUUGCAGAAUAUUGGCUACGGGACGUAUGUCUUCUUCGCGGUCAUGUGCUUUUUGGCGGGCUUAUGGGCUUUCUUCUUGGUUCCAGAGACAGGCGGGAAGACUUUGGAGGAACUGGACGAGGUUUUCGGCGAUACAAGUGGUCAAGAAGAGAGAGACCUUGUAGCCGAUGCCGUCUAUUCCACUAGAAACGUCAGUGCGGGAGCGGCUGUGUAA